AGGCUCGCCCCUGCAGUCUCUUCAUCUCCUUCUGAAAUGCUCCUGCUCCUCCUCCUCACACAUCCACUCCGUCUGGACUUCAGAUCCGGUCGGACCUCCGGCUCCUCUGCCUCCUCCGGCCUCAGCGCGGAUAAAAACCCGGAUUUGAAGCCUCGGCGGCUCCAGGCUGCGGCUCACACACUCAGCAUGGCUCAGAAAGCGGCUCUGAUCGUCUUCGCCCACCAGAGCCCGGCUUCGUUCAACGCGGCGCUGCGGGACGCGGCGGUCCAGGAGCUGUCGGGUCAGGGCUUCCGGGUCACCGUGUCUGACCUUUACGCCAUGAACUUCAGAGCCAGCGCCACGCAGGAUGACAUCAUCGCGGGCAAAGAAGAGGUUCAGCUCCUCUGCCAGCGCGGCGUCGCCUUCCGCAGCUGCGAAGUUGGUCCUGUGGUUGGUGAAAUGCUGGAUUCCCUGCCACACCUGCCUGCUGUUGUUGCUUUCAAGAUAGUCCUCUAUCCUCCUCCUGUAGUCGGACUUAGCCCUUCUGAUGCCUCUCUUCAAGUUAGCUCRGGCUGUACUAUAGACGGUCUCCCAGAUUCUCCCUCAGAUGGAUUUCUCCUGUCGUCCCUCCAGUUCCCCCUGUACUGGUUCAGCGUCCCGGCCGUCCUGAAGGGUUGGUUCGACCGCGUCCUCACUCAGGGGUUCGCCUUCAGCCUGUCGAAAAUCUACAGCAAGGGCGUUUUCAAGGACAAGAAGGUUCUGCUGUCGUUCACCACCGGAGCCCCAGAGUCCAUGUUUCAGCCUGACGGCAUCGACGGAGACAUAAACGUCACGCUGUGGCCGCUGCAGCACGGGAUUCUGAACUUCUGCGGGUUUCAGGUUCUGGCUCCUCAGAUCUUCUGGGAUCCGGCUCACUGUCCCGCCGCCAAACGCGCCCAGAUGCUGGACGGAUGGCGCGCUCGCCUGGGGGGCCUGCUGACGGAGAGACCUUUGACCUUUGCCCCCCGUGAGCUCUUUGACCUCAGUUUCCAGGCGGGGUUCAGGCUGCGGCCCGAAGUGAAGGAGGAGCAGAAGGCGCAGCCGUUCGGCCUCUCCACUGGGCAUCACCUCGGAAAGCCGCUGCCGCCAGACGACCAGACCAGAGCGCCAUCUGCAGGCGGAAACAAGAAAUAGCAGCUCAUCUUUAUCUCCAUCACUUCCUGCAGAUUUUAUGUUUUAUCUUUUAUUUUUAACACAUGAUUUAACCAAGAUAUUUACCAAAACAAUGUAUUGAAACUUCAUCAAUUCAAACACGUUAAAGGUGCAGCGUGAAGGAUGUAGUGCCAUAUGUGUGUGUGUGUGUGUGUGUGUGUGUGUGUGUGUGUGUGUGUGUGUGUGUGUGUGUGUCCUUUAUUUUGU